AUGGCUAACAUCCUGCAAAACAUCUAUCGCCUGGCUGGCCCUGUGGCAAUCGGCGCCAUGUUCGCCCAGGCCUCCCUUUACGAUGUCAAGGGAGGUACUCGCGCCGUCAUCUUCGACCGAGUGUCCGGUGUUCAAGAGCAGGUCGUCAACGAAGGCACACACUUCCUCAUUCCCUGGCUCCAGCGGGCGAUUAUCUACGAUGUGCGAACAAAGCCUCGCAAUAUCUCGACUACAACCGGAAGUAAAGAUUUGCAGAUGGUCAGCUUGACGCUGCGUGUGUUGCACCGCCCGGAGGUGCCGAAGCUACCACAAAUUUACCAGUCAUAUGGUACCGAUUACGACGAGCGUGUUCUUCCAUCCAUCGGAAACGAAGUGCUCAAGGCUAUUGUCGCUCAAUUCGACGCUGCAGAGCUCAUCACUCAGCGUGAGGCUGUGUCGAACCGCAUCCGUACCGACCUUCUUAAGCGUGCCGCCCACUUCAACAUCGCCCUCGAGGACGUCUCCAUCACCCACAUGACCUUCGGACGGGAGUUCACCAAGGCCGUUGAACAGAAGCAGAUCGCCCAGCAGGACGCUGAGCGGGCCCGAUUUAUCGUCGAGCGCGCUGAACAGGAGCGCCAGGCUAACGUUAUCCGCUCUGAAGGUGAAGCCGAGAGUGCUGAGAUCAUCUCCAAGGCUGUCGCUAAGGCCGGUACUGGUUUGCUCGAGAUCCGUCGUAUCGAUGCCAGUCGUGAAAUUGCCCAGACUUUGGCUACCAACCCCAACGUCACAUAUCUUCCCGGUGGUGACAAGGAAGGUGGUAAGGGAACUAGCCUUUUGCUGGGACUUCGCAGUUAA